ACGAAUCUCAUCCACUCGCGAGAAAAACUAAACACACAUAUAGAUAUAGACAUAUACGUAUACAUACACAGAGAGAGAAAGAAAGAGUGAGACAAAUUUACAAAUUUCAGAGAGAGAGAGAGAGAUUUACCUGGUAGCUUCAAAUCAUUUUUUUGUCUUGAGAAAUCAAAUUCAUGUUGAUGCUUCAACCAAAUCUCAGCUGUUUAUGCUAAAAUCUUGAAGAACCAAAAGGGAAAAUGUGGGAAUAAAGUUUUCGAAUUGGGAUAUUCGUUUCAAGCCCUAACCCUAGUUCUUACCUCCAGCAAAUCUAAGUGAUACCUUCAUUGCCAUUGAAGAAAAGGAUACGCAGCUGGUGGAAGACGCGAAACCUCUCAAGAAUGAGAUUAUCAAAAUGAGGUUCAACUCCCAUUCGAAUUCAGACACCCCCCCUUCUGAACCUGACGAAACCCUAACAACCCCAGAUAAAAAUAGUCCCGUUUCGUCAAAACCAGAUUUCACCUCUCCGCUUUCCGACCAGAUACUGAUUAGCAUCCUCUCCAAUCUCACAAAAUCACAACAAAUUUCAAGUUGUUUAGUUUGUAAACGGUGGUUGCGUAUUAGCGGUGGUUUAGUGAAAUCCUUGAGAUUAUUAGAUUGGGAUUUUCUUGAUUCCGGUAGACUCGCCCAUCGUUUUCCCAAUCUUCUUGAUGUUGAUAUCGUUCAAGCUUGCAUAGUAUCCCCUCGUAAUUCGGGUAUUUGUUUCAGUAAUAAAUUUGUGUCUAUUCAUGUUAAUUCCUUCAUAUCAGAUUCCGGGUUUAUUUGGAAACCUGAUUUUUUGAGUCCUAAUUUGAUCGAUAGAGGUAUUCAGAUUCUUGCUCAAGGCUGCCCUAAUUUACGAAGGCUUGUCUUACUUGGUGCAACCAAAGAAGGGUUAGCAUCUAUUGCAAAUGAAUGUUUAGCUUUACAGGAACUAGAGCUAUGUUCCAUUACAGACAUGGAUUUAAAAGGACUUGCAGGUUUUAGAAACUUACAGAUCCUAAAACUGAUAGGCUCUGUUGAUGGGUUAUAUGAUUCAGUGAUUUCAGACAUCGGGUUAACCAUUUUGGCUCAAGUAUGUCCAAGAUUACUGAAACUUGAACUUGUUGGUUGUGAAGGGAGUUACGAUGGAAUCAAAGCUAUUGGUCAAUGUUGUCAAAUGAUGGAAGAAUUGACUCUUUCUGAUCAUAGAUUGGAAGGUGGGUGGUUAGCAGCAUUGUCAUAUUGCACAAAUUUGAAGACUUUGAAGUUUCAAUCUUGCAAAUUCAUUGAUCCAAAUCCAGGGCCUGAUGUUCAUUUAGGUUCUUGUCCUACCCUUGAAGAAUUACAUUUACAGAGGUGUCAAUUGAGAGAUAAACAAGGUUUAGGAGCUUUGUUUUUGGUGUGUGAAGCUGUUAGGGAACUUGUUUUUGAAGAUUGUUGGGGAUUGGAUAACAACACAUUCUCUACUGCAACUAUUUGCAGGAGAGUGAUGUCUCUAUCUUUGGAAGGAUGCUCGUUACUUACAAUGGACGGAUUUGACCCUUUAGUUGAUUCAUGGAAAGAGCUUAAGCGACUUAAAGUAGUUUCUUGUAACAACAUAAAAGACAGUGCCAUGUCACCAGAAUUAGCGACACUUUUUUCUCUUCUUAAAGAGUUGAAAUGGCGCCCUGAUUCAAAGUCUAUUCUCUCAUCAGGUCUUCAUGGCACUGGAAUAUGGCAGAAAGGUGGAAGAAGCUUCAAGAUCUAACUCUCUUUUUUUCUUUUUUCCUUUUUUUUUUUUUAAAUAGUUAGGAGGAUUGUCACUUUACAAGUUUAGAAAAAGCGGCUCUGUUUUUAUCUUCAACAGGAGAGUAUACUUGCUCUAGUUUUUUCUCAUAAAAAAAAAAAAUUAGUCUUAGGAUUUAGAGAACAAGUGUAUCACAAGUCACUAUUAUUCGUUCCUUUUUUCUUUUUAUUAAUUUUUCUUCCACAUAUAAAGUGUUGUUAGGCUUUAUUUGUUUCACUGGACUGGAUAAGUUGUCUAACGAUUGAAAAAAACUACAUAUUAUUAAAGAGGUAAUAAUAAGAAAUUACAUAUUUUGGUUCCUAGGUAUAUAA